AUUCGGCUUCUUGACCGGAACACUGGACUGAUGAUUCAAUGGAUGAACCUUCAAUGUACAGUAGACCAGUGCCGUCAUAAUGGGAGAGUUCACGAUAUCAGUUGGCACCCAACCCGCGCUGCAGCGCCUGGAGCGCCGCCCCCUCGGCGCAGUGGCGGAGGACCGCCCGCUAAACGGCCUCGUCGGCCCGAGCAAGAGCCUCGCGGGGGUUGACCCGAGCCAAUUUGGCCUCGGCAACGGCGUCGCCAGCGGCGAAAACCCUGUCCUGGGCGGGUUUGAGGGCGUUGCGGGACAAGGGGCCACGCGCGACGCCCCGGGCGUAGCCGACUACCAGCUUUUCGACCUAUGCCUCAAGUCGCCUCUCGCUAAGGGGUUUCUAAGGUUUGAGCAGUAUCCCGCGCUGCUUUCCGAUUUCAAUAACGGAAGCCUUUUCCUAAAGAACGAGACGCUUGUUGCCCUGUUUCUCGUAGAAGGCGCCACCAGGGUAUGGCUGGCAGGGCUAGCUAACCGCAUGGUAGCUGACGCUCUAUGUUUCGACGGCGUCUGGGUUGCCAAAACGCCACCCACAACUACGCCUGCGCCGGGGGAGUCCCCGUUCCGCUGCAUUCUCGUCACGUACCUCCCUUCGAUCCCGGAAGCUAUGGAGAAGCUGAAGCGCACCAAGGACUUGCUUAGGGCUGCAAGGGACCGCACCCGGGCUAAAAUUAGCGAGAAAUGGAGAGAUGAGGUGGAGAAGAACACGCUUGCGUUCAACGUUGGUGGACGCCGCGUUUCUAUCCAGGAUCUUGAUGCCAUGCUGGCCGUGAACAUGGUCCCGCCUUAG